GCAAUUCAGACGCCGCAGCUCCCUUGCUAUUCCCGAUGUACACGGUGCCCGUGGAGGCCGUGUUACAGAUGACAGUGAACGAGCCCCACGAAGUGCUGAAGGCCAAAGGCGUGGCUAUAGAAUUCAAGGAGGGUAUGGGAAAUGCUGCGUUCGUAUCACAUCAAUGGGUGGGCGACAAUCAUCCAGAUCCUGAGUUCAAGCAACUGCGAGUGCUUCAAGAUGCGCUGACACACUUAUUGUCCGGCUCCCAGCAUGUCCCCUUGGACAUGUUCACCGAACUCUAUGUGCCAAGCACGAAGCGCCUGCGAUCGCUGGAGCUGCGAUCCUCACCCCUCUUUAUUUGGUUCGAUUACUUUUCAUGCCCGCAGCUGUUGGGCCAAGGUGCUGUGCAACCUGACGACGGUGACCUUUCCCGGGCAACCAUCAGCCUCACAGCAUCUUUCUGCAACCAACCUGACGAAAGUGACCUUUCCAAGGCCUAUGUUGCCAAGUGCCGCUUCUUCUUUGCCCUCUGCCCAGUGGUGCCACAAGUUAGCCUGGGUUCCGUAUUCACGCCGAUGACGUGGGCAGCGCGGGGAUGGUGCAGGGUUGAGAGAGUUUGCCGCGAGCUGUCGAAAGAUCACACCUGGGUCAUUAUAAAGAGUGGCACGGAGAUGGAGCUUAUCUCGUCCACCGUAUCCUUCCCAGGAGGGUCAGCAGGCGAGGGGCUAUUCACUGUGGAGGAGGAUCGCAACAAACUUGCUCCAGUCCUCCAGGGUGUGCUCAUGCGCAAGAUGAAGCUUCUGCUAAGGGCUGAGGAUUUAGUCGCCUUCCGGAUACUUCACAACAUGCAAAGUGUACACCUACGAGGCUUCCCUGCGGCAACGAUGGUGCGUGACCUCAUUCCUGGCUUUGAGUCGGACACGUUGCCGGAGAUGGACUCUCCACGCCAAGCGGUGGAUCGAUUCCUGCAUCAGAAUGGUUUGGCAAAUGUUCACCGACCGGAUCGCGCCGGUUGGUGUCCUUUGCACUAUGCGGCCUUAGGCGGAGACCCAGUCUUGAUUCGCGGCUUGCUUCAGCAGCGGGUGGACGUAAACUGUUGGACCCGGAAGGAGCAGCCGUUGGUUGGGGCCCACACGGGCAUGACAGCACUGCAGAUCUGCAGUUUCUUCAAGCAUCACGAGGCGAUGCGCUUGCUUAUCUCCGCCCGUUCUGAUUUGAUCUGCGGCGUUCUAGCAGAGGAGGUCGUUACUGCAGCAGCUAUUGCAAACGAUCCUGAAGGUGUUCGCAUCCUGUGUGAAGCACGUUGUGAUCCAUCGAGACGCAGUAGGCUGAACUUAUGCGCAUUUGAUUCGGCUGCGGCCUCUGGAGCUAGCGCUGCUUUGGAGGAGCUCUUGCUUCAAGGCAAGCCCAUUCUGCACAAGCACGACUUUUCCAACACACUCCACUGGGCCACUACUUUUCGGGGUGGCAGCGCAGAGGUCGUGAAAAGGCUUCUGGAUUGCCGAGCUGACGUGAACUAUGUGAAUAUCAGCGCAGACAUCCUGAUACUCAAGCUCAUUAUUGCUGUGAAGAGCCUACAGCAUAGAUUUGGAAGGGCCACCGUGUUCACGCGGUGGAUAUACCAUCUCCAGAAGCAGACACCUCUGAUGGCAGCAAUACUGUCAGGACAGUAUGAGGGUGCGGCUGCUCUGAUCGCAUGUGGGGCAGACCUAAACCUUCAGAACGCUCGCCGUUGGAGGGCGUCAGAUUUCGCAGAAGAGCAGUCCGUGCCAGACUUUUUGAAGCAAGCUUUUCAGGGAGAAGUUGAAGGCUGCGAGACAGUUUACAGGUUGGCAAUUGCCAACGCAUACGUUGAGCUGUAA